AUGUCAAGCUCUAUAGACGUUCAAACUUGCACAGACAUCCUGCCUCCCUUUCAACUGGUCAAAGGCAUUGAUCUUGGUUACAACGAUGACUAUGUAUUUGAUGUAUCAGCAAAUUCUCAAUAUGCCAUCACCUCUGCAUCAGACAACGCUGUUCGUCUUUACGACCUCAGCACAUUGCAACUAUCAUACACCAUCCCGGCUCAUCAAGAAAGAAUAUCUAAAAUGAAACUGAAAAGCGAUCAGUACCUAUUUACAGCAAGCGAGGAUCAGACACUAAAACGAUGGGAUCUGAGAGCAGCUGGAUCCACAGGCCCUGUACAAGUAUUCAAAUAUAGCAAGCCACUCACUGCUUUUGACCUUAAUUGCAACGAUACAAUGGCAAUUGCAGGCACUGAAUUCUCAACGAGCACUCAAUCUGCUGAUCUGGCAUUCUUUGAUACCCGAAAUGCCGCAUUGUUACAUACAUUUGAUGAAUCCCAUGGUGAUGAUAUUACAGAGAUCCAAUGCCAUCCUACAUUACCAGCACAAUUCAUCUCUUGUUCAACUGAUGGAUUACUCAACAACUACGAUGUCACUGAAUUUGAUGAAGAAGAAGCUAUGCUCUCGGUAGUCAACUCUGGAUCAUCUGUUAACAAAGCAGGCUACUUUGGCCCUAAUGCUGAAUAUCUGUACUGCUUGACACAUGUCGAAACGUUUUCUCUACACACAUUAGAAGGCGAUACCAUUUGCAAUUUUGGCGAUAUUCGAUCCAUUGGACUGACACCCGUUGAUUAUGCUAUUGACUGCAGCUAUGAUCCAGUGGCACAACGAUUUUAUUUAAUUACUGGUGACAACAGUGGUACAGUGGAUUUCUUUCAUGUCAAUGUUGGACAGCUUCAACACUGUCAACAACUUAAAGUGGCUGGUGGUCAUUCUGAUGUCGUUCGAUCAUUAUACUGGAACCAUUCAACACAAAGCAUUUUAACGGGAGGAGAGGACGGUAGAUUGUGUGCUUGGCAGGGUCAAGCAUGA